AUGGAAUCUGGCUGUGGUUCCAGUACUGUUUGCCAAUCCACACAAAGCCUGAGUGCCUUCUGUGAUAGUUGUCAGUUCAACAGCAGCACCAGUAUAUGUGGGUCUGUCAGUGGACCCUUAGCACCCACCACACCCACCUCCCCACCCACACUACAACCCACCACAUGUGAGGAUGGACCCCAUAGGAUAUACUCGGGACUAGGACUCAGUUAUACUGAUGCUGGCCUGUACCCGUAUAUAACCUAUGAGUAUUCUGUUGUGGUUGUGAACCGUGCUGGUAGCCAGGCAAGUGACUACGCCUCAGCCACCACCAUGCAGGCAAAACCUGAACAGGUGGCUCCACCAACAUACAAGAUAGUCCCAUCCCAGUUAGACACCAUCUAUCUGAGCUGGAAGGAACCAGGGAAACCUAAUGGUGCCAUCACUGCCUAUAUUCUGUUGAGAAGUGGUGUAGAGAUCUACAGGGGUCUUGGUAUGCAGUACAUGGACAACAACAACAUCAAACCAUACCAGACAUAUACUUAUCUGAUGAGAGCAUGCUCUCUGGCGGGAUGUACCAACAGUGAACCUGUCACAGUGGCAACACUGCAGGCAGCUCCAGAGCAGGUGCUGCCCCCUACAGUUACUGUUCUCAACUCCUCGGCUAUCCACCUGGCCUGGACUCCCCCUGGUAAACCUAAUGGUAUUAUAACCAGCUACCAGAUAUGGCAAGAAGGAGCAGGCAAUAUUCACACUGUCAGCAGUGGGGAGCUGGAACACACAGUAAAAGGGCUGCUGCCUUACACAGAGUAUGAGUUCUACCUUAAGGUGUGCACCCAGGAGGCUUGUACUAGCAGCUCUACUGUGGCAGCAAGGACAGCCGAGGCUGCACCACAGGGAAUGCCUCCACCAAGGUUUGUCAUCCUGAGUGCCACUGAGGUAGAAAUCCACUGGGAAAUGCCAGCCAACCCUAAUGGCAUCAUCACCCAGUUCCGUCUGAUCAGAAACCCUGUGGGUGCCAUCUUUUCUGGGGCCAACACAACCAGAAUGUACAUCAACCGUGGUCUCACCCCAGGAACGAGCUACAGCUAUGUUGUCCAAGUUGUCUCCAAGGCAGGUUCUGUAUUCAGUGAGGCACGUGAUGUGACAAUACCAUCUAUCACCCCAGCUGGUAUCCCACCACCGAAAAAUGCCACUGCCUUGAGCGACUCACAGAUUUAUGUUGCCUGGGACCCUCCUGCUCAGCCAAAUGGUAUGAUAGAUCAGUACAAAGUGUUGCUGAAUGGAGGCUCACAAAAUGAGAUGGAGACUGGCGUUGGACUUGACUUUAGUGCCACAUUCGCAUACUUGGAGCCAUUCACACUGUACAAUGUUCGCAUCAGAGCAUGUAUCAGAAAUAUUGAAAAUAGCUGUGGCACUGGUCCUGGAGUGAAUGUACGUACCUUUGAGGCACCGCCUCAGGGGCAGCUUCCACCUGGCCUGGUGGCUAAUGGAGCCAGUGUGGUUACUGUAGCAUGGGACCCUCCAGCCAGUCCUAACGGUAUCAUCACAGAAUACAGAAUACACAGGAGAGAGUUUGGCACAACAGUCGAGUUGUUGAUCAAUGUUCUCAACAAUGCCACAUUCACUUUCAGAAAUGCUGGCCCUGACCUCAAACCAUUUACAGUAUAUGAGUACAAAGUUACUGUAGCUAAUUCUAAAGGUACCGCAGUCAGCCCAUGGGCUAGUGUUCGCACACUUGAGGCGGCUCCACAGAAUCUGGCUGCCCCAGUUCUUUCAACCAACAGUGCUUAUUCCCUCCAGGUGUCAUGGUCUCCUCCAGUGAAACCAAAUGGUGUAAUCACAAGGUACAAGAUAGAGUACAGAGCAGUCCCCUUGGACCCUACUGUCACCAAACCAGUUCUUCAUGUCACAGUGAAUGGAGACAUAACUCAGACCAGCUUCAGUGGACUUGAACCAUACUCACAGUAUGCUGUACGUGUAGUUGCUAACAAUUCAGUAGGUGGCAUUGUGAGCACUUGGCAGAUGGCAACCACAAUGGAAUCCAGCCCAUCUGAUGUUGGCAACUUCACUGUUGAAAAGGUACCAAAUGGACGCUCCGUGAUUUUAAGAUGGGAGGAACCUGGAAAACCCAAUGGGCGCAUCACAGGAUACAGUAUAUAUGAGUAUGGAGAGUAUGUCAAUGCAAUAUACACUGGUCUAACCAGAUACUUUGAGUUCCGCAGGUUGUCUCCAUACACAGAAUAUGCUGUACACUUGGAGGCGUGUACAAGUGUAGGGUGCGCCAGGUCACCUGCACAGCAUUUCUUUACAGCAGAAAUUGCCCCUUCAGACCAGGCUCCACCCACUAUGGGAGGAGCCAAUGCCACCCAUGUCAGGUUGUUAUGGAAACCACCUGUCAAUGCCAAUGGAAGGAUCCAAAAGUAUGAGGUAAUCAGAAGGACUGUGGGUGUAAUUACCAAGCGUGCUGUCUCGGAUCCUCUGGUUGUGUAUUCUACCAAUAAAUCAGCAGACUCUUAUGAAUAUGUGGACUCUGGCCUCCGACCUUACACACAGUACGAGUACAAAAUCAGAGCUACCAAUUCUAAAGGAUCUGUUGAAAGCAGCUGGCUAACUGUAAGCACAGAUCAGUCCUCUCCUGAAGGUUUGGCACCCCCCAACAGUGGAGUAUGUCAGUGGCAGUGCAGAUAGGUUGCAGAUUAGAUGGACAACACCUUCAACAGCUAAUGGCAUCAUACAAAGCUACCAGUUACAACGUAAUGGAAGUACACCAUGGAGCUUUUCGGCUGA